AUGGCUGGUUAUGAGUCUCUGGAGAGACUUUGGAUCGCGACCAUUAUGACUGAGAGUCUCAUGACCAUGACCGUUGUGAAUGAGAAAGUUGUGACUGAGAUGGUACCGCUAUUUCAAAGUCCCACAUCAAGACUCUACCGGGCUAGACAGGCAAUCUGCCUUUCAAGCUUGAAACAGGGUAGAUAUGUUAGCGUGGGAGAGUUGGAUGAUGUGCAGCUAUUUUACUACUUCAUUGAGUCGGAGGGCAAUCCAAAGGAGGACCCUCUUAUGCUUUGGCUUACUGGAGGACCUGCUUGUUCUAGUUUUAGUGGCCUUUAUGAAAUAGGUCCAUUAAUUUUUAACACACAAGAUUUCAAUGGAAAUUUACCCAGGCUUACAUUGAAACCAUACUCAUGGACAAAGGUGGCCAGCAUAAUAUUUUUAGAUGCACCAUUUGGCACUGGAUUUUCCUAUGCCAACAACUCGAAAAGUUAUGUCAUGGAUGAUAAAAUUUUCACAGCACAAACCUAUGAAUUUUUGAGAAAGUUCUUCGAAUUGACUCAAGGGUACGUGCUUGGAAACCCUGUAACGAGUCAACAUGAUGAUGCAAAUUCCAUAGUCGAAUUUGCUCAUCAUGUGGCACUUAUAUCAGACCAACUCUAUAAGGUAAAUUACCCUCCUUUCUUCUACAUAGAAGCACUAUAA